AUGACAGAGGGAAUUGCUACCGAGGUUAUGGGCUGUGAAACAGCUGCAACACUGUGGAAAGCACUUGAAAAUUUGUAUGGAGCUCACUCAAAGUCAAGAAAUAACAUCAUUCACAAUAAAUCCCCUCAACAACCAGCAACUAUUUAUGCUAAAUCUUUAGCAUAUCUCAACCACUUUCAACAAGUAUCUUCAACUGACAAGGCUUCUCCAAUCGCUUCCUUUGUUGCAGCUCAUCAGCCAUCGAGAUCUCCUCCUUGUGGACAGCUAAAGAUGAACGUGGAUGCUGCAGUAGACACAACACAAAAUCGAACAGGGAUUGAAUCAAUAGUUCGUGAUUCAUCUGGUUCAGCUGUGGCUGCAAUUUCAAAAUCAAUUGCUAGAAACUUAAAGUCACACGAAAUGGAGGCUAAAGCCCUGUGUCAUGGUCUUCAAUGGGCUCAGAAUUUGCAGCUUCAAAUCAGUUAUGUGGAAACUGACUCUGUCAUGGUUGUGAAUUCUAUUACUGGUUUAGCCUCUAAGAAUUUAGCAUUUAAGGAUUUAAUUCAUGAUGUUAAAAGUCAAUUAUCCUAUUUCCCUAAUGUUUGUGUAUCUCAUGUUCGUCAGGAUGCUAAUCAAGCCGCCUAUGGCUUGGCUAAGCAAGCUUUAGCGUUGGAUAAUGAUUAUAAGUGGUGUGAAGGUUUUCCUCCCACCAUUCACUUUGUUGUUGUAAAUAUGACUCUUUGA